UUCUCUCGGCGGUGGGUCGGAGCCGCUGUCCCUAGCCUCGCAUGUUCCCCUCUAAAUUCCUGUUUUGAAUUCGAUGCCCCUCUUGUACAUUUGAUCCAUUUUCACGCCACACUCGGGCGCCAGUACACCGGCGUUUCAUCCCCCCCCCCCCCACCCCACACACCACCCCUGUAUUCGUCGUUAGGAGACCCUUAACCCCCACAACAUGGCCGUGGUGAGCGGAUCGUCUGGGCCGGUUGCCCGGCUCGAGGGCCGUGAAUUCGAAUACAUGAUGAAAAAGCGCUCGGUGACCAUCGGCCGGAACUCGUCUCAGGGCUCCGUGGACGUCAGCAUGGGCCACUCCAGCUUCAUAUCCCGCAGGCACCUGGAGAUAUUCACCGCCAGCGACGACGGCACCGGCAGCGGGGACUUCUACCUGAGGUGUCUCGGUAAAAACGGGGUGUUUGUAGACGGAGUGUUCCUCCGACGGGGCGCCCCUCCUCUGCAGCUCCCACGAAUGUGCACCUUCAGGUUCCCGAGCACAAACAUUAAGAUCACAUUCACGGCCCUGUCCAGCGGGAAGAAAUCAAAGCGCGAGGCUCCGGAGUCGCCGGUGAAACCAGUCCAGCCGCAGAUCUCCCCGCUCACCAUCAACAUUCCAGACAACAUCGCUCACCUCAUGAGCCCCCUGCCAUCGCCCACGGGCACCAUCAGUGCUGCUAACUCGUGCCCCUCCAGCCCGCGGGGUGCAGGCUCCUCGGGCUACAGGAUGGGCGGGCGCAUGGUCAGCUCCGCAGAGCUGCAGCUUAUGAACGAGAACUCGCAGCCCGAGAACGACAAAGACGCCUCCGGAGGGGACAGUCCCAAGGAUGACUCCAAACCUCCGUACUCCUAUGCACAGCUGAUCGUCCAGGCUAUAACGCUGGCCACCGACAAGCAGCUCACACUAAACGGAAUCUACAAUCACAUCACAAAGAACUACCCUUACUACAGGACCGCCGACAAGGGCUGGCAGAACUCGAUCCGUCACAACCUGUCGCUGAACCGUUACUUCAUCAAAGUGGCGCGGUCGCAGGAGGAGCCGGGGAAGGGCUCGUUCUGGAGGAUAGACCCGUCCUCGGAGGGGAAGCUCAUCGAGCAGGCGUUCAGGAAACGAAGGCCCCGGGGCGUCCCCUGCUUCAGGACCCCACAUGGACCUCUGUCCUCCAGGAGUGCCCCGGUGUCUCCCAAUCACUCGGGCGUCCUCUCUGCUCACUCCAGCGGCGUCCAAACCCCCGACAGUCUGUCCCGAGAGGGCUCUCCGGUCCCCCUGGAGCUGGACACCUCCUCUGCUCCCGCUCCGGCCUCCAUACCGGCGAUCGGGCCCAAACUGGCAGUCAUCCAGGAAGCACGCUUUGCACAAAACACAUCAGGCUCGCCUGUCAACAACCAGCCGGUACUCAUAGCAGUCCAGCGUCAGUUACCUCAGACCAUCAAGCCGGUGACGUACACCAUGGCCUCCCCAGUGAGCACCAGCACCUCCCAGCCGGCGGUUCAGACGGUCCACGUCCUGCAGCAGAUCCCCGCCGGCUCCCUCAGCCCCGCCGUCAUCGCCCAGCAGGCCACCAUCAUCAACAAGAGCGAGCUGCAGGAGAACGGCGAUCACACGGAGGUCAAAGUCAAAGUGGAGACGGUUCCCGGCAUCGCCUCUAUAGGCGGCUCAAGUCGCAUCAUCCAGAGCACCCAGUCGGCCACCCCCCUGCAGACCGUCACCAUCGUGCAGCAGGCCCCCGUGGGUCAGCACCAGCUGCCCAUCAAGGCCAUCACACAGAACGGCACCCACAGCAUCACCACUGCCAUCCAGGGACCCAUCAGCGCCGCUCCAGUUGUGGCGAGCCCCCUCCACCUGCUGGCGGUCCACGCCUCCGCCUCCGCCUCCCUCCCCACCAAACGACAGAACGGGGACCAGGCAGCCAGCGAACAGCCGGACGCCAAGCGCAGCAAAACAGAGGCCGACGUGGCGGCCCAGCCCGCCGCCAGCGCAGACUCAGACUCGACCAACAACAACACCGGCAGCCACCUCGUCUAGUCUGGACAACCCCACACAAAAACACCACACGACCCCCCUCCCCUCCCCCCCUUCACCAUCACCACCUUCAUCAUCAUCACCACCACCACUACCUUCUCCUCCUCCUCCUCUCCUUCACGGUCGUUUCUCUCUCU